AAUGCCAGUGGAAAAAACCCCACCAUUUUUACGAACAUUAUUUAGUUCAUCGGCUAUCAGCACCUGCUCUACCUUCUUUUCAGAUAUAUUCUCAGUAUGCUGUUCUUGCUUUCCCAACAUUAGCUCAAGGGUCAAUAACUCUGCUCAGCCACAAGCAAAUCAAACAAGAUGGAUCGAUGAUUUGAAAGAGAAGAGAGUAAGUUUCUUAAGUGGACUCUUUGAAGCACUCAAAGAAGAAACUCAUACUGAUGCACUGCUCAAGCCUAGUGAUGGCAGCCCUUCCAUUCCAGCACACAGAGUCGUACUUGCAACAAGAUCUGAGAUCUUCAAAGAUAUGUUGGAAACGAACUGUUUCAAGGAUGAUACCAUUAGAGUUCCCAUUAGAGUUCCCGAGCUAAACUCUGAAGAGCUCGAGUCCCUCUUGGAGUUUCUUUACAAUGGCAUUUUGCCAUUGGAGAAACUGGAAAAACACGUUCACACAUUGUUCAUCGCAUCUAAAAAAUACGAGAUCCCAUAUUUACAAGAGUUUUGCCAAUGUUACAUGUUGAAUUCGUUGAAUGCAUCCAAUGUUCUUGAUGUUUUAGAGACAUCACAAGCUUGUUCAAACACGGCGUUGAAAGAGAUCGCCCUAGACUUCAUUUUUAACAACGCGGAAGCUGUCGUUUUAUCGGAUAAAUAUGAAGCUUUGGCAGCGAAGAACCCUCAACUUUGCAUGCAGAUCACAAGGGAGUUCUUUAUGAAUGCCAAAAAUGAAAAGUUUAGUCCAGCUAGAGUAAUGGGAUUUCAGAAAAAAAUAGGGUUUUCUGAGAAAUCUAUCAGUGAUUUUCAGGCAAGUAAUGUUGAAGAAGAAAUGGGGAAUAACCAGGGAUCCUUUGCAUCUCAUAUGUAAUAAGGUUUGCACUAGGUUUUUAGGUUUUUAAAGUUAAUUAGUAUAA